UUAUGUCCACACCUCGAAUUAUUGCCAGCAUCAAAGCUUUUCGUCGCACUGCCCAUCUCAGAAUCCUUUGAUAUCCGCAAACAAUACUUUUGAAAUGGCUUAAGCGUGCUUCAAGUGGCCGAUCCUCCAACGCACGACUAAAGUUGUUGCCUCUGUCAAAGCUUUUGGCGCACUUGGCAUGCAUUUGCCAUGGCCAUGCCCGACCCAUCAGCCUUGGAAGAUGAAGUACUUGCUAUACAGUCCAUCUAUCCUGGCUAUCUCGAGCAAUCUUCUGGUACAGAGUCCACAUACAAGCUGAAAGUCCAUGCUGUCGAGCUCUACCUCAACUUUCCAGAUGCGUAUCCUGCUAUCCCGCCCAAAGUGUCCUCAGUCACUGGCAUUGCAAGGGAACGCAUUGAACAGCAUUUGCAUGCUUAUUCUGGGGAGGAGAUAUUGUUUUCUCUGAUAUCUAUGUUAUCGGACGAGAAAGAUGACGAAGAAGAGGAGCAAGCUAUGGUAGAGAUACCUCCUACUGCUCAAGCUCUCAAGUGGACGAUAGGCGAGCCUGUGCAUGACCGCAAGAGCACGAUGCUUGGCCGUGCAAUACAGAUACAUAACAAGGAAGAGCUCAUGGCUGCCCUGGAAGAUAUAAAGAACGACAAGCAUCUACAAAAAGCUUCACAUCCACAGAUAUGGGCUUGUCGGUAUCGCCAUGAUAAGAUUGAUGGUCCAGAACGAAUUAUUGCAGAGCACGAUGAUGAUGGAGAAACUGGUGCAGGGCCUCGUCUUGCAUUUCUACUGGAAGUGACCAAAGCGACAAAUGUGCUCGUUGUCGUCACUCGCUGGUUUGGAGGCGUUCUCCUUGGCGAUGUGCGCUUCAAACAUAUCAGUACUGCAGCACGCGACGCACUAGACAAAGGGGGUUUCCUCACCUAGUAUGCUGCACUAUGCUA